AUGCUUGCAUUACAUUUUGAUAAAUAUGAAUAUCAUCGUGAAUUUGAAGUAAAAUCUGAGCUAGCUUUUACUGUUUUACGUGAUUUUUUUUCCGUUCACCAUGUGAAGCGUUUGUUUUUACGAUUCAUCGACGACAAUUGCGAACAUUUGAAGUCGUUUGGAAAAUGUGACAAUCCCAAUAGAUACCCUAAAGGAAAUGACAGAAUUACUCAACUUCUUGCUGCAUUUAUUGAAACUUAA